CGAGGUGGAUCUCCUCCACGUCAUCAUCACAUUUAAUGCUUUGUACUCACAUUCCUGUCAGAAGCCCCAACCACCUUGUCAGGCUUCUAACGACUGGCAGGCGCCUACAAGCGGGGAACCACUUGCCAGCCUAGACUUCUUGGACCUUUAGCGCUUUGUCCUCAUGCCUGGUAUGGAGUGGGCUUUGCGGGAUUCUUCUGCUGGAUAAUGGCCUAAGGCUACUCUUGACUGAAUGGGCCCUCUCAUGGGCCUUUCUUUGGGCCCCUCUAGUGAUAUCCCCAACAAUUGCCCCCCAGUUAGGCGCUCAUGGUUUCUUACUUGAGAUCCUAACUAAUCCUCUGGGCAGGGCGCUUCGCAUUUGCCACAGUCUCUCGUUGGAUGCCCGGUUAUCCGCCCUUGUAUAGUUUCUCUGCGCCUGGGCCCUUGCCGUCAUCCAACAUUCAUCUCGUGCCCGGGCGCCCAUCCAUGUGACCGAAUUUUCUUGGAUUCAUGCCCACCUCCCGAAAGGUGCCCUACGUUCUGACCGCUCCGUCGCGCCUACAUCAGCUAUCGGCCCCCUCCUCGUGGCUACGACUUGGAAUACGCUAUGGGAUGGGCACCUGCAUUUGGGUGUCUGGGUGCCUGGGUGCCCCCCUCACGGACGGGCGUUUGAGUUUUUAUCCUAAAUAUUCCCCGAAAAUUCCAAAUUUGAAUUUCGAAUUUCCAAAAUUCAAAAUUGGAAUUUUCGGAGAUUGAUGACUCGAUAUUUGCACAUGUUUUCCCCUUUGUUUCUUGAUCGUUUAAGCUUUCAUUAUAGCUUCUUUGGCCUAUUUUACGCUAGGUUGUGUUCCUUUGUCACAUUUCAGGCCCUAGCAAAUAAAGUGAAGCAUAGGCGCAAGUUUCAAGUCAAUCAGAGAUCAAUUGGCGAUUAGGGAGAAGAAACACGAGCAUGACCUGAAGAAGAAUGGAUUUCUACCUCACUUUAUGGACAAAUAAUCAUGGAAGUUUGUUAUGAAAAGAAAGAGGACGAGACUACGAGCGUCUGGGUUCAAACGGCGACUGAUUCGGAGUCCGGACGAGGGAGAAAUGAAGCUUUGAACAGGGGUGGAGGAAGAAUUACGGGCAGGAGAAUUACGACCGUAAUUUACCCUCCCAUGCCCGUAAUUUCACUGCCGAGAGGAGCUUUGGGUACGCUGAAACUUAACCAAAACGCGUGUUUUGGGCAAAAUAAGGGCAUGGAAGAAUUACGACCGUAAUUCAGCCCGUAAUUCGCCCAGAAUCGGAUUUUUGAGGCAGAUUAGAGCCAAAGGAAAGGGAGAGCUGGGUGUUGGGAUCCCAAACACCCAAGGGACGAACCCUAGAGAGAGAGAGCGACUUGGGAACAUUCUUAGAGCUAUUUUGGAGGAUUUCUUCGCCAUUGGAGCUCGGGAAUCAAGCUUGGAGAUGGAGAUUGAAGAUCUAGAUCAGAUUUCUGCAGUCUCUCUCUUCUCUAUGGAGUAACUUCCCUUCACUUAGGUUUUGAGGAACCCUAGUUCCAUGAGUUAGGAUCUUUCUUGUAUGAAGUUUUGGAUGCUAUAUUGUUUGAUUAUAAUCGAAUGAUGCAUGUUUGAUUAUAAUCGAAUGAUGCUAUAUUGUUUGAUUAUAAUCGAAUGAUGCAUGUUUAUUGAGUCAAUUGAAGUCUGAUCAACUUUUCCUGAUUUCUGCUGCAACCUGAGAUAGAUAGAAUCUGAUUAGGUUGUUAGAGCCUCAUCAUUCGGUAGUAGGAGAUUGGCUAUACGAGAGUUAGCCAGUUUACUGCUUUGUACUGGAAUCCAAUUCCAGUAGUGGAGUUCUGUGCUUAUUGCUUCAGCUUUCUAUCCCGGUGAAGACUAGUCGCCUGCCGGAUAGUUAGACUGAGAGGGCUUGGUCAGCUUAAGAGAUUCCAAGCUACUGUCGGAUCUUCCGCAGUUUAAUCAACAGUAAAACAACCAAAAGGAAUUACAACUUGGACCUAAUUGAGGAGCUAGGGGGAAUCAUACCUAAGUGAGUUCCCAAACUGUAAUUAGUAGUUUUAAUUAGUUUAGUUAGUAGAGUAGUUUAGUUAAUCAAUCCUUAAUCUAGUUUGCUAGAUAAUGAACUGAAGCUGAGUAAUAGUAACUCUAGAGACCCGUGGAUUCGAUAUUUAUUACUUGUGCCACUAUACUGCAGUCCCUUUCAUUGGUUACACUUGGCCAUUGUUAGGUGUUGUGUUUUAGAGCAUCAAGUUUUGGGCGCCGUUGCCGGGGACUUUCUAGAUUAUUAGGAAAGGCAGAAGUUUGUUAUUUUAGCGUUUUUCUUUUCUUUUCCACCCUUGCUUUUCACUUUGGUGUUUUUGUUUUUUUGUUUUUGUUGGUGCAGAUCUGAAUCAUGGAUCCGCGUGGCUUCUCCAACCAGUGGGGGUAUCCACCACCAUCCGAGUGGUAUUACCCCGCGACUCCCUACAGAAAUCAAGGAGGAGAAGACUAUGGAUUCGGGUUCCAGUACCAACCCCCUUACUACGGAGAACAAUCAGACCCCUGGGCAUAUCAAGAACAACCUCAUUACCAAGAAGACUUUCUCCCACAACCAGACGGGCCAUCGGAGCUGGAGUUACCCAUGGCGGCCUUCACGGGCCACUCUGCAGAGCCAUGCUACACUUCACUGGAGGAUCCGAACGAACAAUUAAGGCUUCUCGUGGAGCAGUUUGCUCGAGACACUGAGAAAUCAUGCUCCAAGAUGGAUCUUCAAAUCAAAGCCCUUGCCACUUCCGAUCCUUCAUUUCUCCAUGAUAUGGAGGAGACUGUUCAGCGUUCAGCGAAGCAAACAGAGUGGGUGAAGCAAGUUUGCUCACAUCUUGCUCAAGAUCACCUUUCUGCUACCACGCUAGAAGAGGUGGAGGAUGACAAAGGCUAUGGGAGCGUUGAGGAGCAUACAGAAGUUAUCACAGAGAACUCCCAUGAUAACCGUGAUCAGGAAAGUCCUUUGGUUGCAGACCACAUCUUUCCUCAUUUAUGCUCUAACAUGCUGGGCCCGUGCGAGGAGAUGCAAGAUGAUCCCAUUGAAGAAAUUGCUUGGCGACUUGCUCUCCAAUCUGUUCUAGAAGAAGAAGAGCGAGCAAGGAUGAGGAAGGAAGUUGUGGAUGAUGAGGAAGAAAGAAAAGAAGAGGUGGUUCUUGAUCUUUUCCCAGGGGAGAGACCACAUUUUGAAGAAGGAAGGGGGGUUGGGGAAGCAAUUGGUGUCCAGGCUGAGGAUGAAGUUGAGGUGGAAGAGGCAUGCACCGGCCAUGAGUUGCAAGUAAUAUCCCCACCAAACUUUGAGGAACUGCUUGGCAAGGACCCAUUUGCAGUGUCUCUUUGCAAGACCAAGGCCACAUCGACAUCGGUCCCUCUUGGUGGACGCGAUGGUGGUCGGUCGAUGCUGUCAUCUCUGGUUUGGGGCAAUGAGACGAGAGAAGAGAAGAAGAGGUCUCGAGGGUGGAGACUUCAUCUGCAUCAAGUACAUGAGCCUUCAUCACCUGCCACACCACAUGCUCGUGACUUGAGACUCCACCUCAUCGACGAGAACCUCAACUUCAAGGAGGUUCUAGCAUGGACCGAAACUUAGGAGCCAUCGUCCGGCUCACGACGUGAAAGAAGCGCUUGUUGGGAGGCAACCCAACCAGUCGGUUUGCAUUUCUUUCUCUAUUUCUCCUCGGUUGAGUCAGUUUUGUUAUUUGAUUUUAGAGUCAAUAAAUCAACCUUUGUGAGAUUUUGUGUGGUGUUUGUGUUCUUAUUACUCUCUCUUCCUGGAAUGCACUGCCUGACCCGUACAUCAUCAUUCACCCUUGAUCUGGUAACUUCGUUUUACCCUCCUUAUCUUUCCUCCAUUGAGGACAAUGUCGUGCUUAAGUGUGGGGGGGUGUUCGAUUAUGUAUGCGGGUGAAUGUUUGGCUGUUUGUGUGCUUGGAGCCUAGUCCACUGUCCAAAUUUUUAAAUUUGAGGGCUCCAAGUAAGUGUUUCCUUGCAAAUUGCCUGCUCAGUAUGCUUUGAAUUGACAGUCUCUAUAGUAAUGUGCAACCUAGGGAGGUAGUGUAGCACUAUGGAGGAUGUUGAAGUAUAAGAUUUUUCCUAUCUAGCUCUCUGUUGUGCCAGUUGAUUUUGUGAAUUAGUGGAGCUAAGACCGUUGAAUUCAUGUGGUAAUGGUGACUCUGUUUGGAUUGUGUUAUGGACUUGUGUAUCGAACAGGGUGCUCAUGUAAAAAAUGAAAAGCAGUUGGUCCUCCAUGUCAAAAUCAUAAAAUCUUAAACAUGGGGUAAGCCCAACGUGUGCGGCACCGUUCAUUGCACAAAAUUGGGUUUUGGAAGAGAUUUUAGUGAUCCUUAGUGGGGUACUCCUACAAGGUGAAGCUAAGCUGUCUCUAGUACAAGUAAAAUUUUCACCCGUUGAACGGUUUGCCUACUUGAGGAUGUGUUUUUAAGGGCACGGAUAGAGCUUCCGACCCCCCAUAAUAUUAUUGACCCUCCGCACGAGUUGAGGAAAAGGAGUUAAAAGAAGUACUCUGGCGAGCUCCAGAUGUACAUAAAUUGCUCUUGCUCGACUAAUAAGGGUCGACCGUGCAAAAGACUGCAGUUGGAACCCCACCAAAUGAAAGAAAAAAUGUAAAUGAAAGUGAGAAAAAGGGGUUCCAACGGUGAAAUGAAGUGAAAGAGCACCCCGGUACAACGAGUCCUUGGUAGUGAAUGGUGUGAGUCCCUUUAUCCAUGAACUGACUGUCUUACUUCUACUUCUUCUCAUGAUCCUGGCUUGAGUCUAGUACUCGCAUUGAGAGAGAUAGGGAACGUCUUAGAAGACCAGUUGACCUCGUAAGCUGCUAUAUGAUCUAGGAAAUCCUCUACCGACGAUCGAGGUUGUAUGUUGAUAUAGAGGUCUGGAGAGCUGCAUUGGUUUGAGUUAGGUUUGCUUGGGGACAAGCAAACGGUUAAGUGUGGGGGAAUUUGAUGACUCGAUAUUUGCACAUGUUUUCCCCUUUGUUUCUUGAUCGUUUAAGCUUUCAUUAUCGCUUCUUUGGCCUAUUUUAUGCUAGGUUGUGUUCCUUUGUCAUAUUUCAGGCCCUAGCAAAUAAAGUGAAGCAUAGGCGCAAGUUUCAAGUCAAUCAGAGAUCAAUUGGCGAUUAGGGAGAAGAAACAUGAGCAUGACCUGAAGAAGAAUGGAUUUCUACCUCACUUUAUGGACAAAGAAUCAUGGAAGUUUGUUAUGAAAAGAAAGAGGACGAGACUACGAGCGUCUGGGUUCAAACGGCGACUGAUUCGGAGUCCGGACGAGGGAGAAAUGAAGCUUUGAACAGGGGUGGAGGAAGAAUUACGGGCAGGAGAAUUACGACCGUAAUUUACCCUCCCAUGCCCGUAAUUUCACUGCCGAGAGGAGCUUUGGGUGCGCUGAAACUUAAUCAAAACGCGUGUUUUGG